AAGCCACGCGCCGGCAAACCAAGUCAUUGAAUUAAUCCCAUAGUUUUAUCCUUGAGCGGCAGCGGAGCAGAUAUUUAUACACCAUGGCGGACGGUAUUGACAGACGUGCUGAUGACCGGAUGGAGUUUAACACUUCCAAGGAGGUGACGGUCGCCCCGACCUUCGAGGACAUGCACCUCAAGGAAAGCCUUCUUCGGGGUAUCUACGCAUACGGAUAUGAGUCUCCCUCUGCGGUCCAGUCGCGUGCGAUUGUCCAGAUCUGCAAAGGCCGCGAUACCAUUGCCCAGGCGCAGUCCGGUACUGGUAAAACGGCUACAUUCGCGGUUAGUAUCCUUCAGGUUAUUGAUACCGUUGUUCGUGAGAGUCAGGCCCUUGUCCUUUCCCCGACUCGCGAACUUGCAACCCAAAUCCAGUCCGUUAUCAUGGCCCUCGGUGACUACAUGAACGUCCAAUGCCACGCUUGUAUCGGAGGAACAAAUAUUGGUGAAGACAUCCGGAAACUCGAUUAUGGUCAGCACGUCGUCUCGGGGACGCCAGGCAGAGUCGCAGACAUGAUUCGCCGGCGCAACCUGCGCACCCGCCACAUCAAGAUGCUGGUCCUCGAUGAAGCCGACGAACUCCUCAACCGCGGGUUCCGCGAGCAGAUCUACGACGUCUACCGUUACCUCCCCCCAGCCACACAAGUCGUCGUGGUCUCCGCUACUCUCCCCUACGAUGUCCUCGACAUGACAACCAAGUUCAUGACAGACCCCGUGCGCGUGCUGGUCAAGCGUGAUGAAUUGACCUUAGAAGGGAUCAAGCAAUACUUCAUCGCAGUUGAGAAGGAAGAGUGGAAAUUCGAUACCCUUUGCGAUCUCUACGACACCUUGACUAUCACACAGGCAGUCAUCUUCUGCAACACCCGCCGCAAGGUCGACUGGCUGACCGACAAGAUGCGUGAGGCCAACUUCACCGUCUCCAGUAUGCACGGCGAGAUGCCGCAGAAGGAGCGUGACAGCAUUAUGCAGGACUUCCGGCAGGGCAACUCGCGUGUUCUGAUUUCCACCGAUGUCUGGGCUCGUGGUAUCGAUGUCCAGCAGGUUUCUUUGGUUAUCAACUAUGACCUACCCACCAACCGUGAAAACUACAUUCACCGUAUCGGCCGUAGCGGUCGUUUCGGUAGGAAGGGUGUUGCCAUCAACUUCGUUACCAGCGAUGACGUCCGGAUUCUCCGUGAUAUUGAACUGUACUACUCUACACAGAUUGAUGAAAUGCCCAUGAACGUCGCCGAUCUUCUUUCUUAAUCGUACCUCACCAUUGCAAUUUACGGAACGAGAAUACUCCCUGUCACUGGCGGUUAAUAAACGAUAUGACAUGUCCACGGUCUUGAAUACAAUGCUCCCUUCUGUUUUCGUUAUGUUCCCACCGAAAAUCAUAAGAUAUUGGGAAGAAGAAUAUGCCCGCCUGUACAACACUACAUAGCAUAUGAAGCGGAGAACCGAAAGUCUAGAGGGAAAAAGGGCUAAUAUAGCGUGGAGGAAAGGGUAAAAUACCAAAUUGACAACUUUUUUUAAUUGUUUUACGGAGUUCAGCAAGUAUCUUGGAAUAUCUAUCUGCUUAUCUUUUCUCUGCCCUGCUUGUCAUUCAAUGGUCUAGCUAUGCAUACAAUGAAAUAUAUCCACC